GUUAAUGUCCAACGGAAGACGCAACGAACGCAUACGACGAGGAGAAAAAAAACACUAGAGGCUUUCAAAUGUUUUUGAACGGUGCUCCGAGCUCACCGAAACACGGCCCCUUAACGGGUGGUACGGCCGACCAGAACGCAGAGCGAGGGUCGGAGGAAGGAGAAAAUAUGAAACCAGACGCAGCAGAGGCCCCACAGCAGUGCCCCGGGGUCAGAGCUGCAGGUGUGGAAACCGGCUCGGAGACGCCAGGCCUCCACCCGAAGACAGCCGUGCGGAGGAGGCUUCUCACACCGUCACCUGAGGGAGAGGGGUGUGCUGAGACGACACAGCAAGCACUGAACCUACCACCAGUUUACAUCUCCAGUCACAGAUUCAGCCAUGUGGAGAGGGCUGCCCUGUUCUGCGACCAGAUUCUGGGACAAUGCAAGGCAGAGGAUGCCGAUGAAGCUCUAAGCAACUAUUUGAUCAAAAACCUUGCCACUAACAGUUCUUGGAUUGGAGUAUGGAAAACAAAUCCAGAGUACUUCUUUAGAAACUGUGAAGAUGGCCAGAUACCUUAUGUUGGUAUUCUAGUUGAGGUGAAUAGCAAGCCAUGUCAAGAAAUGCUUCCUCCUCUGCGAGUCACUGUUUCCAUUGUGGAGCCAUUUUCUUCAAAUAUUUCUAAUCUGCCAAGAGAGCUAGCUGAGGAAAUAUUGAAAGAACAUGAUUACUGUGUCCCAGUUCUGGAUGUAUACCCCAUAGAGGGAUUAGAUAGUUCAAUGAAAAACAUUGCCCAAGCUUUGGAAAAUGCACGGUUUUUCUAUGAUGUUCUCUGGAGAGACUGGGAUGACGAAGAGGAAUGUGAAGAAUAUGCUGGCGUUAUUGAGAAACGCCUACAGCUGUACUAUGACAUUCAGGAUGGGACUAUUCCAGGCCCAAUUGGUACGCGUUUUAAGAAGACCCUAGAGGAAUACAGGAAUAAACAAUUAGAGCUGACUGAGUAUCAGAGCACCAUUGGAGAUGAUCCAUUACCUAUAGAAGCUGUUGAAUGCUGGAAAAAGCACUAUGAAAUCUUAAUGCUUGCUAGAUUUCUAAGAUUAUGGGAAGACUUGCGCCUCAGGGCUCAUGGACCAUUCUUUCCCAGAAUAUUUAAACGAAGAAAAGGUCAAAGGGCCUCUGGAAAAAUUGUAAACCAUAUAGUAACCCAGAUAAUGACAGCUGAUAUGAUAAAGAACCUCUCUGCUGACACCCUGAUUCAACAGCAUGACAGUCUAUCUGCAGCUCUAGACUCCUGCUUCUCUGGAGACAUAGUGAUGGUUUUCCCAGGGAAAUAUCAGGCUGCCGCACUUAGUUGUUUGGUAGAUGACAUCACUAUACAAGGAACUCAAAACCAAAAAGAUGCAGUUAUUUUUUCAGAUCCAACACAUGAUACUUUUAUUGCAUCCAAAGCCUCAAAUGUAACUCUGAUGAACCUAACUUUAGUUCAGCGUGAGACCUGUGAUGGCAUUAUAGUAGUAGAAUCUGGUCAAAUGACUUUGGAGAAUUGCAUACUGAAGUGCGAAGGGACUGGCAUCUGCGUUCUGACAGGAGCUACCUUGGUUAUGAAAAACUGCGAGAUCUUUGGUGCUCAGGGGGCAGGGGUAGAACUCUAUCCUGGAAGUGUUGCAGAACUGGAGGGGAAUAAUAUCCACCACUGUAGCAAUUUCAAGACAUCAAAUUUCAAAGAUAUCUUGAAAACCUCACUAGGAGGCAUCUCUGUAAAGGUUCUUCCAGAGCCAAAACUGAAGAUGCGCAAUAACUAUAUUCAUAACAACCAAGGCUAUGGAGUAACCAUCAUUGGACCCAAUAAUCUUUGUCAAAUACAUGAGGAUGAUCUGGAGCAGCUUUCUAGUGGAGACCAAAGAGAGACAGAUCUCCUUUCAAAGGCAAUACAAAACCUUAGUCUUGAAAUUAAUACUAAUAAACUUGAAGCCAAUACCAUGGGAGACAUUGGGUGUCUCCAUAAUAUUUCUGCAUCUUCUUAAUCUGACAAAAUCCAAGAUAUUUUUUAACUAUGAAAACUUUUAAUGUGCCUUUUUAUGUUUAUCAAAAACAUUCCAUUCAGUUCUUUAGGAGUUGUAAAAAAAUCAAAUCAGCUACAGGAGUGGUUCCAUCCUAAAAUCCACAUACAAAUCCACUCCCCAGUAUCACAGAUUAAUAAAAGUUUUGUUUACCUACAAAUUCAUUUAAGCUGAAUGGAACUGAACACUGAUAUUUUUAAGUUAAAAAUGGAUGGAUGAAAGAUUGCUCUCUCAAAUGUUGUUAAAAACCUGAAAACUAUAUUUUAAAAGUUCCCAAUCUUCAUACUGUAUGGUGCAUUAUGCCAUGUAUUAUUGAUGUUUAUUACAAAUGUGUACCAUGGAAAGACUACUUAAAGCAAACCAAUAAAAAUCAACUUUAAAUGUUUUAUUUAAA